AUGUUGAACAAGAUCAUUCUACUGUUGUCUCUUCAGAUAAGUCUCCUAGGAACCACUUUCGGUGGGAAUGUUCUGAUUUGGCCAAUGGAAGGUAGUCAUUGGCUAAAUGUUAAGAUAAUUAUAGAUGAGCUGAUUAAAAAAGGGCAUAAUGUGACCGUCCUAGUUGCUUCUGGUGCACUUUUCAUCACACCGACCACCAACCCAUCUCUGAUAUUUGAAAUAUACGAGGUACCCUUUGGCAAAGAAAGAGUAGAAGGAGUGAUCAAGGACUUUGUUUUGACCUGGAUGGAACACAGACCAUCUCCUUUAACCAUCUGGAGAUUCUAUCAAGAGAUGGCCAAAGUCAUCAAGGACUUCCACAUGGUGUCUAGAGAAAUCUGUGAUGGUGUUCUCAAAAAUGAAAAGCUAAUGGAAAAGCUGAAGAAAAGCAAAUUCGAGGUCUUGGUGUCAGAUCCAGUCUUUCCUUGUGGUGAUAUAAUAGCUUUAAAAUUGGGAAUACCAUUUAUCUACUCCUUGAGGUUUUCUCCAGCCUCAACGGUGGAAAAACACUGUGGGAAGGUACCAUACCCUCCUUCCUAUGUUCCUGCUAUUUUAUCAGAACUCACCGACCAGAUGUCUUUCACUGACAGAGUAAGAAAUUUCAUUUCCUACCAUCUACAGGACUACAUGUUUAAUACUCUGUGGCAAUCGUGGGAUUCCUACUAUAGUAACGCUUUGGAUGGUAGCCACUGGUUAAAUAUUAAAAUGAUUUUAGAAGAGUUGAAUCAAAGAAAUCACAAUGUGACUGUACUGGCUUCAUCAGCCACUCUAUUCAUCAACUCCAAUUCUGACUCUCCUGUGAAUUUUGAGAUGAUACCUGUUUCCUACAAGAAGAACAAUAUAGAUUCCUUAAUUGAACAUAUGAUAAUGCUGUGGAUAGACCACAGACCGACUCCUCUCACACUCUGGGCUUUCUACAAAGAACUAGGAAAACUCCUAGAUACUUUCUUCCAAAUUAAUAUACAAAUCUGUGAUGGAGUAUUAAACAACCCCAAGUUAAUGGCAAGACUUCGGAAAAGUCAUUUUGAUGUGUUGCUGGCCGACCCAGUAACCAUCUGUGGAGAUCUGGUUGCUCUGAAAUUAGGAAUUCCAUUUAUGUACACCCUGAGGUUCUCCCCAGCAUCAACAGUGGAGAGACACUGCGGAAAAAUUCCAGCACCUGUGUCCUAUGUACCUGCAGCCCUUUCUGAGCUCACGGACCAGAUGACCUUCGGUGAAAGGCUUAAAAAUACCUUAUCUUAUCCCCUGCAAGACUAUAUAUUUCAAUCCUACUGGGGUGAGUGGAAUUCAUACUACAGCAAAGUCCUAGGAAGACCCACUACGCUAUGUGAGACCAUGGGGAAAGCAGAGAUUUGGCUCAUCAGGACAUACUGGGAUUUUGAAUUUCCUCGUCCAUACUUACCAAAUUUUGAGUUUGUAGGCGGACUGCAUUGUAAACCGGCCAAACCAUUACCUAAGGAAAUGGAAGAAUUUGUCCAAAGUUCAGGUGAAGAUGGUAUUGUGGUAUUUUCUCUGGGGUCAAUGGUCAAAAAUCUCACAGAAGAAAAAGCCAAUCUCAUUGCCUCAGCUCUUGCCCAGAUUCCACAAAAGGUUUUAUGGAGAUACAAAGGAAAGAAGCCUGCCACGUUAGGAGCCAAUACUCGGCUCUAUGACUGGAUACCACAGAAUGAUCUUCUUGGUCAUCCCAAAGCAAAAGCGUUUAUCACUCAUGGUGGAACCAACGGGAUCUAUGAAGCUAUCUAUCAUGGGGUGCCUAUGGUGGGAGUCCCAAUGUUUGCUGAUCAGCCUGACAACAUCGCUCACAUGAAGGCCAAAGGAGCGGCCGUGGAAGUGAACAUAAACACAAUGACAAGUGCAGAUCUGCUCAGUGCCUUGAGAACAGUCAUUAAUGAGCCUUCUUAUAAAGAGAAUGCUAUGAGGUUAAAAAGGAUUCACCAUGAUCAGCCUGUAAAGCCCCUGGACCGAGCAGUCUUCUGGAUCGAGUUCGUCAUGCGCCACAAGGGAGCCAAGCACCUGCGGCCCGCCGCCCACGACCUCACCUGGUUCCAGUACCACUCUCUGGACGUGAUCGGGUUCCUGCUGGCCUGUGUGACAACUGCUGUAUUCUUGGUCACAAAAUGUUGUCUGUUUUCUUGUCGAAAAUUUGGUAAAACAGGAAAGAAGAAAAAAAGAGAAUAGAUCUUUCUAAGUUUGCUAAAGGCUUGCAUGGGCAAUUCUGUUCAUUCUAGCCACAAUGACCUUAAACAUAUCUUCAUCCUAUUUCCAAAAUCCCAUUCCUCUCUACCUUAACAUAGAUAUAAAUUUUAGAAUUCAACAAUAACAUUAACCAUGGGCAUGUUCCAUUCUUUCUUUGUCUUUUCCCAGCUGGCUUUACUCUCUUCCUCAAACAGUCCUAAGAAAGGUACACAAAUAAUUUUAUGUUUAUCUAUUCAUAAUAUCAGGCUUCCCUGGUGGCUCAGAAAGUAAAGAAUCUGCCUGCAGUGCGGGAGACCUGGGUUUGAUCCCUGGACUGGGAAGAUCCCCUGGAGAAGGGAAUGGCAACCCACUCCAGUAUUCUUGCCUGGAGAAUUCCUUAGACAGAGGAGCCUGGUGGGCCAGAUACAGUCCAUGGAGUUGCAAAGAGUUGGACAUGACUGAGUGACUAACACUUUCACUUUCAUUCAUAAUAUCAAUUUUUUCUUUAUUUUUAACUUUAAGUUAUAUGCUGACAAUAUACUGAAUCCUGAGGAACACACAAAAUGUAAGUCAAAGCUGAUAGAUGCAGAGAACACAGAGAAUAAAAUUCACAGUAUUUGCUAGGACACACAAAUUAGAAAACCAUUAUAGGAGACUAGUCUAUUACAAGAAGAGUAAUGAUUUUAUUUGUCAUAAAGGACUUCUGCUUGCUAAGUGUUACUGAGGUCAGAACAUGAAUUGAUAAUAACUGUGAUGGCAUAUCACACCAGGACAGUGAAAACCUGUAGAUUUUCACUAAACACAGAUAACCAUACCUACAUUCCUGACUUUAGUCAGAAAAUAUUCUUGUGUACCAUUUUGUGCAAGAGACUGAGCACUGCCUUCAAGCAAGAGAUCUAUUGAAUCAUUGGUUAUUUUUUUCUCAGGGCAGAGAAUGUCAGCAGUAUGUUAAGGAAGAAGAGAUAAUUUUUAGAAAAAAUAGCAAAAAAUAUAGAAAACAUUUUAAUAAUUUUAUGAAAAUUGUAAUUUAUAGUACAAUGGAUAAUCUUUAAGUUAAGGUCCAAAUCAUUAUAUUUAAAAAUUGUUAAUGCUCAUAAUCUACAGCCACUAUAAUCAAAAGUGUCAUUUUAUGUCAAAAAAUAAAUAUUUACUCAACUGAUACAAUUAUUAUACUAGUUUUCAGUCUCUAUUUUCAAUAAAUUUAAAUUCAUCAAUUAAUUGUCCAAGGAUGUGAGAUGUUAACAAACCUAUUCAACCAAGGAUUGUUUUUGUUUGUUGCUAAGUCAUGUCCAACUCUUUUGUAACCCGAUGGACCAUGGCCUUCCAGGUUCCUCUGUCCAUGGGAUUUCCCAAGCAAGAAUACUGGAGUGGGUUGGAAUUUCUUUCUCCAGGGCAUGUUCCUGACCCAAUAUUGAACCCAAGUCUCCUGCCUUGUAGGCAGAUUCUUUACCACUGAGGCACCAGGGAAGCCCCUCAACCAAGCAUAUGCUAUAGUAAUAUGUAUCAAUGUAAAGCACUAAAGAGUAAUAGUUAUACUGGAUUCAGCUUUGCAUUAAUUUAACAAAUGCAUUAAAGAUUUUACUUUGUCCAUUAUAAACUUAAUGACAUGCUUAAUUGAAGUUUUAAUUUUAAUAUUUGACAUAUAACUGAAAAAAAAAUAAAUGGCAUCCGCAGGCUUACUGAACUUUUAAAAACUUUUAUUUAUUUUAAUAUGGUAUAUAGAAAAUUACUUCCAAUUUAAAAAUAAUUAUAUCACUGAACACUGUAAGUAUUUCCUCUUGAAAAUGGGGCCUCCCAGGUGGUAUAGUGGUAAAAAUCUGCCUGCCUAGUGCGGGAAAUACGAGAGACGCGGGUUCCAUCCUUGGGUCAAGAAGAUUCCCUGGAGUAGGAAAUGGCAACCUGCUCCAACAUGUUUGUGUACGAAAUCCCGUGGACAGAGGAGCCUGGUGGGUUACAGUCCAUGGGGUAGCGAAGAGUUGGAUAUGAGUGAGCACACGUGCCCACACACUCGAAAAUGUACAAUACUGAAAAUGCAAAUAAAUUCCACAGAUUUGUUGUGAAGGCUGAA